AAUAAUAAUCUUGCAUAUAUUUUGUUUAACAGAUUAACAUAUACUACGAUAGUUGCGAUAGAAAAGAGCAGCAAACGUAAUAACGUCGUGUGCCUAUUACGAUAGAGAGAGAAAAAACAAAAGAGAGCUUACAAAAGGCACAACGUGUCCCUAUGUCGAUGGUUCAGUGACUCCAACAAUAUGGCGCUUGAGGAAACGGAAGUACAGUUCGUAACGUUUCUCUUGUGUUUAUUACUCGGAAGUUGCAUUACAGUGUUUUAGUUCAAUCAAUUGCUAAUGAAUAGUUUCUAGAAUGGCGGAGAUACCUUCUGUGCAUGGGACACAGAGCGAGGAGGAAAAGGAAACACCGGAGCCUUCUGCAGAGCAGCGAGAGAAGAGGCAGAGGGAUGAGGGGGAGGAUGAAGUGAGUUCUGAUGAUAGGUAGUGAAAAUGAUAUCUGUCGUUCUUGGUGUGCAAUGGAAAUCUGUUCGAAAACUGUUGUGGUUGUAGUGGGGAUAAUGUAGAAAACGAGUGGAACGUUGUGGUCUGCUGAGCAGUUAUGCGGGUUCUAAGGAAAUUCUAUUUGAUGUUCUAGUCGAACAGACCAAGAGGAAUCUGUACUGAUCGAAUACAUACUUUUUUCAACUUAUAGGGCCAAUAUCUAAUUAAAACAACUACAGUUUAAUGUAAUUGUUCAGUAUAUUCAGUCCCUGUAGGCCAGGCUUCCUCAAACUCCGGCCCUCCAGAUGUUGCUGAACAACAACUCCAUUGAUUCUCAGCCUAUCUAUUUCAUUCAUAGAAUCAUGGGAGUUGUAGUUCAGCAACAUCUGGAGGGCCGGAGUUUGAGGAAGCCUGCUGUAGGCUUUUCAAUGUAACCACUGCCUUUUCAUUUACUGUCUAUUAACACCUCUAGUGGCAAUCACUCAGAUGGCCACUGGAGGUGCUUCCUGGGUCUGUGCAACACUGACGUUCAGUAUAUCCACGCUCUGCAUGAAAUCGCUGAACGUUCUCCAUAGAGUUGCAGGAAUUCAAUGCAUUUCUGUGAGAAGAUGCUGAUUGGCACAGCACAACGUUUUGCUGUGCAUGUGCAUUAGCCUCCCAUUGCUUUCCUGUGGGAAAGCAUUGGAUUGGCUGAGAAUUAGCACUCAAGCCACUUAAUAUCUUUGAAGUGGUCUGGGUGCACUUAACCCAGGGCUCGACAAAUUCCAGGCUCUAGGGAUUUGUGAGCCUGUUGAGCCCCUGGGAUGACCAGGGCUGAGGCAGACGUCCAGCUCACUGAAAGCUGAGGGAUGGAGCCAGGGAGGCGUGCCCCUAUAGUGUCCCUUUAAGUGUAUCACAGUCAUACAACACAUAGUCAUACAGACACACAUACACACUCUCAUACAGACACUGAAGUUAAGUAGGAAUCUCUCAAUGAACAUCAUGAGGUAGACCCAUCACUUAAGUCCUGAAAGGGCAUCAUCCUUGGUGUCCUUGGUGUGAGGGAGCCAUGAGGAGCAGCUUACAUUAGUUCUAAGCACAGCUCCCUCACUGCCCAUUCUGUUGUGACGCCAUGACGUCACACAUCACUACAGAAUGACCUGUGUGGUGUGUAGAACUCUAGGGGACGAUGUAGUGCAGGGGUUAGGUAGAGCCAGGUGUGGGUUGUAGAUUGCUAACCCAUGGAAUCAUGCUUCCUUUUUCUUUCUUUUUUCUUCGCUACAAAUUGGUAAUGCUUUACGUGCAAGGAUUAAGACUUAUGCACUCAGACCAUUUUAUUGAGAUGGAGUGCUCUAGAUGUCUAAAGUGGUCCUGUAACUCUUGGCAUGCCCAAACUUUUUUUGGGGGCCUGACCAAAUUGGCAGAGGGCACCAAUUUGUCUAAAUCACACGCAACACUCACAAACUAUUAUUGCUGUCCAAGCUUAUCGGGAAAGGUUUGACUUCAACAUCCUAAAUUAUAUGCAUUUGUUGUGAUUUUUAACUUAUGUUUUACACAAGAUAUAUAACUAGCAAUGUGCUGUGCAAAUCAAGCUGAAUGCCAGUAGUAAAGUAAUUUUUAAUUAAUGAAUUUAUUUUUCUGUGCGUUUGAAUACAAGUAAGCUUGUAAUGCCACAACAUUAGUAAGCAGUCCGAGUAAUAAACAAAGUAACACAUUGGUAUGACAUUCGUUAUAACAGCACAUUUUUAUAAAAAGUAGUCAGGCUUGAUCAAGGCGAUGCAUACAUGUCUGAGAUGGUGAAUACACCUAGGCUUAUAAAACAGAAAAUACCAUCAAGACAUGAACAUUAUAGUAUAUAUCAUAAAACAAAAGAUCAGUCAGUAAGGAGUUAAAAGAGCAGCUGAUAAAAAAAACAAACAAGAAGUAAGGUAAAUUUUAAACAGUUACUCCCUGCAUUAUAAUUACUGCAGCUGACCUGGUGCUGUACUGUGAGGGAACUCAGCCAAUGAACUAACAUGUGUGCAAAAAACUAUGCACAUAAACAUUUAUCAAUCUGAAACUCUCAUUCUGAACUGGCCAAUUUAGUUUGUUUUCAUUCUGAAAUAUUGCACAUAGAGGGCCGUUGCAUCAUGACUACUGUAUAAUAUUUCAGUGUUACAGGCACAUUUUGAAGGGCUGAAUAACCAAGGCAUCUGGCUCUAACUUAUUUUUUUGUUUUCCAGUUCAACUGUUUUGGCCUUAAAAGAACGCUAUAGCUUUAGGAAUACAAAUCUGUAUUUCUAACGCUUUAGUGUUCCUGUCACUACUGGUAGGUAAGUCACACACACAAACCCCAAAUGCAAAUAAAUUCUACAAAAAUAAAGAUUCACUCACCUUGUUCCAGCUUAGAGGCCUCCUCUGUGAUGUCCAAUCCAACACUCAUAAUAGAGGAGCUUUGGGGACCUGAUGCACACGUGCAGAGAAUGCCAUGAGCACAUUCAAACAUUCCCACAGGAAAGUAUUGUAUCAAUGCUUGCCUAUAGGGAUUCAGUGUCGCACGACUGUGGGCAGACACUAGAGAAGGCGUUAACCCUACAAUGUAAACAUUACCGUCUCUUAAAAAUGAAGUGGUCUGUGUGACUAUAAUGUUCCUUAAAAUUAGAAAUUCACUUCAAAUUUCCAAAAAUUCUCAUUUUAGUAAAUAACUCUAUAUGGCUUAAUGUUGCUUUAGAAAAAUUCUACAUCUUUGCUAUAGUCACAGCUUGGCUAUUUUGGUGUACAUUAGGUAAUUCAGUUUUCCAUUCACUACUUCAUUCCAGUACCUUGGUGAUAUUAGAUAAAGAGUUAUUACUUUCAUGAGUACUCUUUCUUAUAAAGGCUCAAUUCAAGCACCUGCAACCGUUUUAUCUUUUUUUUGUCUGUGGUUUAAGUUUUAGAAGGCUAAAAGUGCAAUCCUAAACCCACUCCUCGGCAGGGAACAUGAUAACAAGGAAGCUUCCCUUUUUCUGUAUCUGUCCCAAUACUUGUACAUUCAAGUUCACACACUGCAAAUAGAGGCUUUGAUCAUUGGGUUAUAGAAGGUUUUCACAAUGUUAAAGGACCAAUCUAGGCACCCAGACCAUUUCAGCUUAAUGAAGUGGUCUAGGUGCCAGGUCCAGCUAGGAUUAACCCAUUUUUUAUAAACAUAGCAGUUUCUGAGAAACUUCUCUGUUUACAAAUGGGUUAAUCCUUCCUCCAAUUCCUCUAGCGGCUGUCUCAUUGACAGCCGCUGGAGGCGCUUGAGAGCACGCAGGCAUCCAUAGGAAAGCAUUGUGAAUGCUUUCCUAUGCGACCAGCUGAAUGCGCGCGCAGCUCUUGCCGCGCGUGCGCAUUCAGCCGAAUGGGAGGAACGGAGGAGGAGAGCUCCCCGCCCAGCGCUGGACCUCUUUCCUCUCCCCAGAGCCGGGCGGGAGGGGGACCCUGAGGGUGGGGGCACCCUCAGGGCACUAUAGUGCCAGGAAAACGAGUAUGUUUUCCUGGCACUAUAGUGGUCCUUUAAAUUCCUAAUAAUCCUUUUAGUAAACCAACCAAAUGAAAUUUCUAAGUUUUUCUGUUUUUACAAAAAAUAAAAAUUUUAUUGAUCACAGCCAAGUCAACACAGGACCAUUGUCAAUUCUGUGAUGCCAGAAAGAUUACUGGUGAUUGGCUGUGGUAAUUUAAUAAUGUAAUAAGCUUUGUAUGGCAGAGUUGUGUCUUCUGCUUUGGAAGACCUUGUGAGAUGGCAUGUUAAUCCAGUUGCAGAUUAAAGUCCUUUUGUGUUUGGGUAAUCAUGCUUCUUAAUCUUGUGAAGAAAAUACACCAUUUUUAUUUAUUUUUUUAAGGUGAAGGAAGCUGAGAGUCCAGGCCCAUUGGGGGUCACGGAAAGAGAGGACACAUCUGAUCUCUCUCAGAAUAAGAAAAUAAAAGUAGAAAUAAAGGAGCGUAGAGAAAAGAAACAGAAGGUUGAUGAGGAUGAAAUCCAGAAGAUGCAGUGAGUUUCUCAGAGGAAAUUUAAAAGACAGGAGAUCUCCUUGUAUAUUGAGACAUAAAUUUUUUUUUGUAAUUUUCUGUAGGAUAUUGGUGUCCUCCUUUUCAGAAGAACAGCUGAACCGCUAUGAGAUGUAUCGUCGAUCUGCAUUCCCGAAAGCAGCAAUAAAACGGGUAUGAAAUACUUUGAAUGUGUUUCAAAGUUAUCUGUAUUUCAUGAUAUCUCUUGGCUCUGACACUUUUUUACUUUGCCACCAUCUAACAUUUAGCAUUAUGUUAUCAUUCUGUAUUGCAGCUGAUUCAGUCUAUUACAGGAUGCUCGGUGUCCCAGAAUGUUGUUAUUGCAAUGUCAGGAAUUGCCAAGGUCUUUGUAGGUGAAGUUGUAGAGGAAGGUGAGUCUGUGGUUUGUAUUGUGUUCCCCAUUUUAGGUAAAGGAUGUCUGCAGUUGUUUGUCAGAUAACUGCCAUGUUAAAAGAACAUUCCAAGCUCCUAAAGCACUUCAGCAAUACAAUCAGCCUCACCCAUGCCAACACUCAUUACUCUCUCUUAUGUCCUCUUGUAUUCAACUUAAUGGGGUCUUCAGCAAACUCAGAAUAAACGCCAUGUGUAAUUUGUACAACAAUUUUUGUGGAUCCAUGGAUCCCAUGGACAAGCGCUGCAUUUUAUUUUUUUUCCCUGCAGAAGGCACAGGAUAUCUUCAUAGAGUUAAAGGAACCCAAACAUGUAUUCCUGACCCUAGAGUGUUAAAACCAUUAACCCAACUCACCCCUUAAAAGGCAAUCAAGCUCACCUUUUUCCAGCACUGUGCCGAUCCACUGGCCCUGUCCCCAAUCCACUUCCUUGGCUGACAUCAUCAGAACUGAUGACUUCAGCCAAUCUAUCGCUUUCCCAUAGGGAAACUGACACUGACGCUCGCAAACAAUAAGCACUGCCCUGCUCAGUGGAACUAACUGAAUUCUCUUACAAGGAGAAUACGGAAGCAGGGCUUACAGGUGUAGGCUCCCAAUGGGAUCCAGUUAAAUUGUUAAACUGUUCUUAAGCAGUAUGACAAAUUACACUGGGAGUGCAUCAGGGGGAUCCUGACACUAUAACCACAACCGUGUGUAGAGUGUUCUUUUAAAAACACACAUAUAUAUAUAUAUAUAUAUAUAUAUACGAUGGGAGUUUUGCACUCCAGCUCUCCUCCAGAUCUUGGCCCAGUGCUCAGCUGCACACAAAUACAGUCUCCAAAAAGAAAGCCAGCACUCAAGGACUUCAGCAUGAAAAAAUAGGCAUUUAAUCCAAGUGGUCAACGUUUCAGUUCACAACUGUGAACUUUCCCCAGGACACCAGGUGUCCUGAGGAAAGUUCACAGUUGUGAACACAUACACACUUCCACUGUAAUCAAUCUAUUAUGGGGACUAUCAGUCAAGUCUUUCACUUUGAUACUUUCAUACCCUUCGAUGCCACAUACAGUUGUCUUCGUGUUUAUGAUGGCUUCCCUGUGUGAAAAAUCAAGAAUUGGCAAAGUUAAGAAUUUGCGAGUGGAAAGGUCUAAAAGAAGAAUAUGUGUAAUGGAUGGGGCUGUGUCUAGAAAAAUAACUUCACCUGUUUAUCCACUUUAGGUGUUUUAGUGUUCAAGCAGCAUAAUUUGAAACUGUGUUUCUUUCAAAUGCAAAGUUUGUUCUUUUUUUUUAAGAAUAUUAAUAAUGUCUUAAAGGAACACUAUAGCCUCCAGAACCACUACAGCUUAAUGUAAAUGUCAUGGAAAAGGCAGUGUUUACAUUGCUGCCUAGUAACACCUUUAAUCUCCACUCUGUGUGGGGCUUAGGACCUAAACUGCUAUUGAGCACUGUAAUGUUUGUUUGUAUUCCUAACAAUAAAGUGUUCCUUUAAUCUAGCUUCAAUUACUUAUUUAUUUUAUUUUUUUUUAAUCAUGAAUUUUUUUCUCUCCCUUCUAGCAUUGGAUGUUUGUGAAAAGUGGGCAGAGAAUCCACCUCUCCAGCCUCGACAUAUGCGAGAAGCCCUCCGUAGGUUGAAAUCUCGUGGACAGAUUCCAGACUCCAAACACAAAAAGAUUUUGUUCAGUUAACAAUACUUGUAUAUUUGCGAAGAAACCUUUAGAGAUUUUAUUUACUAAACACCAAAAUCUUUCUUGGAGAACAUUAACCCCAGCAUAGGGAUCAAUUAUACGAUUGUGUGUGAGGUAGAGAAAGUGAGUUGUUGGAUAAAGCUUGUGGGUAGGGCUACUUCUUAUUUGAAGAAGAAGAAAGAAAGAGAAAAAAAAAGGCACUAAGAGAUUUAAAUUAAACACCAAACGGUAGUGAACUGAAACAAAAAAUGGUUAAAAUACUCAUGCGUAUAGCUGAGUUGAAGAUUCUGUUUUUUUCUUCUUUUUUUUUUUUUUCCUCUCGCUUUUUUUAACCUAAACUUCAAUUCAGUUUCCAAAGUGUGUCUCAACUUAAUUUAGCUAAAACUGACUUUCCCACAAAUAAAAGAUGUACUCCUAUUAAGGUUAAUGUUCUUAAGGCAAUGUCUGAGAAGUCAUUAUUUUCAUAAAUUUGUUUGUUUCAGGUUUGUUGUUUGUACAAUUAGAUGUUAUGGUAUAUUUAUUGCUUACCAACUACUGCUCUGUAAUUCUGUUUUGUGUGUGUGUGUGUGUGUGUGUGUGUGUAUAUAUAUAUAUAUAUAUAUAUAUAUAUAUAUAUAUAUAUAUAUAUAUAUAUAUAUAUAUAUAUAUACACGCUAAAGUGUAAAGUGACUAGCUUCUUUAUUUAGUUAGUAUUAUGCCAUCUGAAACAUUUUCAAUAAAUUCUGUCGGUUAUUAGGUGAAAUGUGUAUACCAUUUUAGACAAAAAUAGCCAAGUUUGGGAAAUAUCAUGGUCUGGAGUGGUUAGAUUUUUUUACUAUUUUGACCUAAAAUUUUAGAUCCACUUUGAAUUCCCGACAGUACACACGUUAGUGAUUGUGUGUGCAUAUAUAAUUUUGUUAAUGUUCUGCGUGUUUGAAAGUUGAGGAGUGCACAAACUAUAUCGCUCCUGCAUAAGGAACUUUUUAAUGGUUAAGAUUCCUUGUAUGCCAUUCUUACAUCUGUCAUGGUUUUUACCAUAAUAAAAUCCUUUAUCAAAUUAA